GCGCGGUCCCGGAAGGCGAGGUGCUGACAUACAUCCGGCCUUUGUGACUCAUUGUGUCUGUGUGGAGGCGUCGGGAGGGCCUAGGUCCGUGUGCGGUGCCCUUCGGCCGGCCUGAGCCCCAGAGUCAGCUCCCCUUUCUCGCCCAGCGCCCCCAGGCCGCUCCCGGGGCACACGGAAUAGUACAGAAACAAAUAUAAAGCAUCUUCUAGGACAGAAAAGCCAGCACAGACCUGGUUUUCAUCACGCCAGUUCCCUGCRCCUGAAUGAUGACUGCUGAAUCAAGGGAAGCAACAGGUCUGUCCCCGCAGGCUGCACAGGAGAAGGAUGGGAUUGUUAUAGUGAAGGUAGAAGAGGAAGAUGAAGACGAUCACAUGUGGGGGCAAGAUUCCAAUCUGCAGGAGACACCUCCUCCUGACCCAGAGAUAUUCCGCCAGCGAUUCAGGCGGUUUUGUUACCAGAACACUUUUGGGCCUCGAGAAGCUCUAAGUCGACUAAAAGAACUUUGUCAUCAGUGGCUGCGACCAGAAAUUAACACCAAGGAGCAGAUCCUGGAGCUGCUGGUGCUGGAGCAGUUCCUUUCCAUUCUGCCUAAGGAGCUUCAAGUAUGGCUGCAGGAGUACAGGCCCGAUAGUGGAGAGGAGGCUGUGACCCUUCUGGAAGACUUGGAGCUUGAUCUGUCAGGACAGCAGGUCCCAGGUCAAGUUCAUGGGCCUGAGAUGCUUGCCAGAGGGAUGGUGCCUCUGGAUCCAGUUCAGGAGUCCUCAAGCUUUGACCUUCAUCAUGAGGCUUCCCAGUCCCAUUUCAAGCAUUCAUCUCGGAAGCCCCGGCUCUUGCAGUCCCGAGCUCUCCCUGCCACUCACGUUCCUGCCCCUCAUCACGAGGGGAGUCCCAGAGACCAGGCGAUGGCAUCUGCACUAUUGACAGCAGAUUCCCAGGCAAUGGUGAAGAUCGAGGACAUGGCCGUGUCCCUCAUCCUGGAGGAAUGGGGAUGUCAGAACCUGGCUCGGAGGAAUCUCAAUAGGGACAGCAGGCAGGAGAAUUAUGGGAACGUGUUUUCCCAGGGUUGUGAAACCAGAAAUGAGAACAAGGAGUCGACCUCAAAAGCUGAAGUCACAGAAGACUCAGCAUCACAUGGGGAGAAAGCAGGAAGAUUUCAGAAAGAGUUUGGAGAGAAACGCGAACAUCAGGGCAGAGUAGUAGAAAGGCAGCAGAGAAACCCUGAGGAGAAAACUGGAAAAGAGAAGAGAGAGUCAGGUCCAACUACAGCCAGGGAAAAAAAACCUACCACGGGGGAGAGAGGUCCRAGGGAGAAGGGAAAAGGGCUGGGAAGAAGCUUCAGUCUGAGUUCAAACUUUAAUACCCCUGAAGAGGUUCCAACAGGAGCAAAGUCUCACAGAUGUGAUGAAUGUGGUAAAUGCUUCACAAGAAGUUCAAGCCUUAUCCGCCAUAAAAUCAUCCACACUGGAGAGAAGCCCUAUGAAUGUAGUGAGUGUGGGAAAGCCUUCAGUCUCAACUCAAACCUUGUCCUGCAUCAGCGAAUCCACACAGGAGAGAAGCCUCAUGAAUGUAACGAGUGCGGCAAGGCCUUCAGUCACAGCUCGAAUCUCAUUCUGCACCAGCGCAUCCACUCUGGAGAGAAGCCCUAUGAAUGUAACGAGUGUGGGAAGGCCUUCAGCCAGAGCUCAGACCUCACCAAGCACCAGAGGAUCCACACAGGGGAGAAACCCUAUGAAUGUAGUGAGUGUGGGAAAGCUUUCAACCGAAACUCGUACCUUAUUUUGCAUCGGAGAAUCCACACCCGAGAAAAGCCCUACAAGUGUACCAAGUGUGGCAAGGCCUUCACCCGGAGCUCAACCCUCACUCUGCAUCACAGAAUCCAUGCCAGAGAGCGAGCCUUGGAGUAUAGCCCAGCCUCCCUGGAUGCAUUUGGAGCAUUUCUCAAAAGAACCAGAAACCCAAAAGAACCRAAACUCCUGCUCCACAAAGCCUGCCCUAGAGAAGCCAUUUCUGGAGUCUGUAUGAUGACCAAGGUGGUGGGCAUGGCCACAGUUCUGGGCCCCAGGCCCCCUCAGGAUCAGGUGGGGCCUGUGACUGUGAAAGUSGAGGAUGAAGAAGAGAAAGGGAAGUGCCUUCCCAGCCUGGAGAUGUUCCGUCAACGCUUUAGGCAGUUUGGGUACCAUGACACCCCUGGGCCCCGGGAGGCCCUGAGCCAGCUCCGGGUGCUCUGCUGUGAGUGGCUGAGGCCGGAGAUCCAUACCAAGGAGCAGAUCCUGGAGUUGCUGGUGCUGGAGCAGUUCCUGACCAUCCUGCCCCAGGAACUUCAGGCCUGGGUGCAGGACCAUUGCCCAGAGAGUGCCGAAGAGGCCGUCACUCUCCUGGAAGAUCUGGAGCGAGAACUGGAUGAACCAGCACUGCAGGUUUCAACUCCAAAUGAACAGAAACAAGUGUGGGAGAAGACAUCAUCUUCAGGAAGUGCCAAGGCAUCCCUGAGCAGCAUGCAGACACAGUSUGUGGAGACCAGUCCCAAGUAUGAAUCCUGGGGGCCUCUGUAUAUCCAAGAGACUGGUGAGGAGCAGGAUUACACUCAGGAUCCAAGAAAAAGUCAAGACUAUAAACUGGAUCCCCAUAAUGAGGAAUCAGCAGAUGAGCAGAAAAGUUCUGAAGAAGAGUCUCAUGCAGAUGGACUCAAAGGGGAUAUCAUUCCUGUGAUUGUUGCCAAUAAGUGUGGGGCCAGGUCAGAAAGGCAGUGGGGGAACCUUGGAAAGGAAAGAGGAGCAAAAACCCCUCUUCAAGACACAGGUUCCAAGAAAGGGGCAGAAUCAGUACACACUAAACCCACCCCAGGAGAGAGACGUUACAUAUGUGCCGAGUGUGGGAAAGCCUUUAGUAAUAGCUCGAAUCUUACCAAACACCGGAGAACGCACACUGGGGAGAAACCUUAUGUGUGCACCAAGUGUGGGAAGGCUUUCAGCCAUAGCUCAAACCUUACCCUCCAUUACAGAACACACCUGGUGGAGCGGCCCUAUGACUGUAAGUGUGGAAAAGCCUUUGGGCAGAGCUCAGACCUCCUUAAGCAUCAGAGAAUGCACACGGAAGAGGCGCCCUAUCAGUGUAAAGAUUGUGGAAAGGCUUUCAGUGGUAAAGGCAGCCUCAUUCGACACUAUCGCAUCCACACUGGGGAGAAGCCCUAUCAGUGUAAUGAGUGUGGAAAGAGCUUUAGCCAGCACGCAGGUCUCAGUUCACAUCAGCGCCUCCACACUGGAGAAAAGCCCUAUAAAUGUAAGGAGUGUGGGAAAGCCUUCAACCACAGCUCAAAUUUUAAUAAACAUCAUAGAAUCCACACUGGGGAAAAGCCCUAUUGGUGUAAUCAUUGUGGAAAAACCUUCUGUAGCAAGUCAAAUCUUUCUAAACAUCAAAGAGUCCACACUGGAGAGGGAGAAGUACUAUAAUUGUCAAGUAUCCCUCUUUCAUUAUUGUUUUCGUAAACUUUAGAACGUAAAUGGUAGGGAGAAGCCCGUGAUGCAGUAAACUCUGUUGAUAGAUWUUGUUCCACCCACCAUCAGGGAUGCCUGUGGAGUGACAGCUCCACAGCACUCAAAGGCAGGAGGUCCCCUCCCCAUACUUCAGGACCCAGCAAACCAUGCCAGCAUUGCCUUCUGCAUAAACUGAUGCAUAUCCAGUAUAAUUAAGAAAUAUUAGAACUGUUUAACCUUUCAAUGUAUAUUCCAGAGUUAUAACUUGUGAAGAAUUGAUAACACUGAACACAGUUUAAUUGAAUUCAGAAUAAACAUGUAA